UCGACGUUGAGGGUCUGUUUGUUUGGUGCCCCCUCGACGUUGAGGGUCUGUUUGGUUCGUCUCCUAUAGAAGCGUCCGAGAGAAUCCAUUAGGCUUAGGCCGCGCGUGUGGGAGUUGGGACAAUGGAUACGGUGGAGGAGAUACGACGGAUGAGUGGUUACGGCGGAGAUGUGAUAGUAGUCGGUGGGUUUCCGGCGUCGGAGUCGGAAUCGGAAUCUGAAUCCGAUUUGGCGGCGGGGGAGAUAAUGGUUAUAUGGGCUAUUCAGGGGCCAACUUCUUUUGCUCCAAACGCCCUAGUUGCUCAGUCUUCUCUUGAGCUGCGUCUCGACGCUUGUGGCCACUCACUCUCUAUUCUCCAGUCUCCUUGUUCAAUGAACACGCCUGGAGUAACCGGGUCAGUGAUGUGGGAUAGUGGAGUGGUGCUAGGGAAGUUCUUAGAACACUCUGUUGACUCUAAGGUUCUUUCUCUUGAUGGCAAGAAAAUAGUCGAGUUGGGUUCUGGUUGUGGCUUAGUUGGCUGUAUUGCAGCACUCUUGGGAGGCAAUGUUGUCCUCACUGAUCUUCCAGAUAGAUUGAGGCUACUCAACAAGAACGUCCAAACCAAUUUGCACCGUGGGAACACGCGGGGAUCUGCUAUUGUGCAGGAACUUGUUUGGGGAGAUGACCCAGAUCCAGAUUUGAUUGAACCAUUUCCUGAUUACGUAUUAGGCUCAGAUGUUAUAUACAGUGAAGAAGCUGUUCACCAUUUGGUAAAAACACUUCUGCAACUUUGCGGCCAUCAAACUACAAUCUUCCUAUCAGGAGAAUUACGGAAUGAUGCUGUUCUUGAAUAUUUCUUAGAAUCCGCGCUGAAAUAUUUCGCGAUUGGGCGUGUGGAACAGACACAAUGGCAUCCGGAUUAUCGCAGCCGUAGAGUCGUGCUUUAUGUUCUUGAGAAGAAGUCGAAGAGAUGCCUCACUGAUGAGUCUUCGCUUAAUCAAUCUUGUUAGCCAUUUAGGUUUGUUUGUUAAAGUUUUUAUGGUAGAUAAUGUCAAAAGAAGACACUUGGAAAUUGAAUAAAAUAUAUUCAACAAAA